UGUGUCUAGUGGGAGGAGUUUCUGGCACGUGAAUUGAAUAGAUUUCUGAAAGAGGAACCAUUUGUAACUCGUCUCUUUUUAGAAGAGAAGUCUCUUUGGCCUCUAAAGAGUAUAAAGAAGCAGUAGGAGGUUAUCAAACGGGGCUACUGUUUACUGUUGCCCUUUCCCGUUCAAAGUGAUGUAUUACACUGCCAGUAACAGCUCUAAUGCACGCAAGUCAAGUCAAGAAAUGGCUAGUUCUACAGCAAUUGGAUCAGCACCACCUCAGCCUUCAAACCUAUCAGCCAUGAGAAGAGGUGUCAUGAUGGCUCCUGUAUUACCACUGGGCGGUACCACUGGACCCGUCAAGAAAAAGGAAUUGGACGAGGGUUUCAUGACACAAAGUUAUUACAACCAGCAGUCUUCAUUUCUCUCCCAACAAAGAACUGAUAAAGACGGCCUAACUCCUACUGGACUAUAUGGUAUGUCCACGGGUUUCCAGUCAGCCCAUCCUUCAUCAAGAGGACUUACCAACACUCCUCCAUUCAGUCGCUCCUCUACUGCCCCUACCUAUACUAACAAUAUGGGAGGAGGAGGGGGAGGGGCAACUCCUGGACUUCCUGGACAAUAUGGAGCCCCUUCUCCUCCUCCGUCAAGGAAUAACCUCUUCAUCAACAGUGGAGCGGUACCAGGAGGAGCACUGGGAGUCCCUCACUCCCAGGGGGUGGGGCCUCUUAAGCAUGUAUCAAGACCCAAUACACUGGCAUCUGCUAUCAGCAGUGGUCUACCUCUCAACUCUUAUCCUGGCCUUGGGGGGAAUGGACGGGGAGGAAUGAUGAGCUCCUUUAGCUCUACUGGAUACAGCUCAUUAUCUGAGAUGAGUGCUCAGUCUGGCUUUGAUCCGUCAGAGUUCCCUGUACUGGGCAUCCGUAGCCAUGGAGACUCGGGACUGCUACUAGGAGGAAACAGACCAGGAUAUGCUGGUCAGAUUAGUAAACCAACUGAAACAUCUCAAGAGUUUCAAAUGAGAGUGGAGGACUUUCCCUCGCUGCCUGGGACCUCAACAAAGACUAGUGAAUCUUCUGAACUCAGUCAAGAGUCAGCAUUCACUACCUCAACAUCAACCAAUCCUCUACCAGAGAGUAGGUCUACUCUUCCUUAUGAUCCAGCACCAGGUGGAGGCAAUAAAGAAAGGUCAUCCUCAAUUGGUGCUAUUGGCAGUAACAGUAAGAAUGUUACCAGAAAGACUGCAGUUAACGUACCUCCUAAUAUGGUACAGGAUCAUUAUGGGAUGGUUGGGUUGUUAACGUUCAUUAGGGGGGCGGAGACUGACCCUAAUUUAGUGGCACUAGCACUGGGCAGUGAUUUGACUACACUGGGACUCCAUCUUAACUCACCUGAGAGUCUAUACAGUACAUUUUCAUCACCUUUUGCUGACUCUCCUAGUCGCCCACAGGACAUAGAUUAUCCUGUACCGCAAGAAUACCUAAUACACUCUUAUAUAAGGGACAAGUUGGCUCCAAUCCGUUUAUCAAAGUACAAUGAGGACCUGUUGUUUUAUCUUUACUAUACCAGUGGUGGGGACCUCCUGCAAUUACUAGCAGCUCAUGAACUGUACACUAGGGACUGGCGCUAUCAUAAAGAAGAGAAGAUAUGGAUCACGAGAGCUCCCAACAUGAGACCAACUAAAGUUGAGACGACAUAUGAAGAGGGUACCUAUUGUUACUUUGAUCUUGGUACCUGGAGGAAGGCUCACAGAGAUAUGAAGGUGGAAUAUGACAGACUAGCUGAGAGGCCCUCCAUACCUCCAGCUAUAACUUCACAACAAAUUGUAUCUUCUGUGUCUAUGAGUGCAUGAUACAAUAUUAAUAAUGUCAUGUAUAAAAGAGAGA